AUGUCUGAACACCACUCGAAGAGAGCUUUGUCUCUGGAUGACCUUGUCAACCACGAUGAAAAUGAUAAGUCAAAGCUGCAAAAACUAGCCGACAACGAAAGCAGUGUACGAUCAGAUGACAACAGACCUGGUGCUAUUGAAAACAUUGUGAACGGUAAUAACAGCAACAGUGACCUGAACUCUAAUGGUGUCAUUGAAGAAGACACUGAUACAGAUGAUGAUGUUGGUGGGGAGUUCACUUUUGAUAAUGGCAUAACAUUUGACUAUGACAAACAAGAUAGAUUCUCUCCAGAGAAAAAACGAAUUCAGGCGAGAAAGAAAGAUACCUCUAAAACAACACCAAGCAUAUCAAAUGAAUCACCCAGCAAUUCAAAAGAAUCCUCAGUCCCUGUUGAUCCUCUUUCCAGCAAUAUAAGUGCUACAGAUAGAAAGGAUUCGUCAGAGGAGAAACCUGACUUGACUGGACCAGAAUUAGUAAAAGAACCUGAUACCAACGAAUACAAGAGACCAUCUAUCCAGUCCAUAACCAAUGCGGAAGAUACUACCUAUAACGACCAUAAAGCAGCUGGAAUGGAAAAAACAUCGAACAAGCAUAGCUUACCAAAUAUUCUUUCCGACAGUAUCGAUGAAACUGUCACGGAGGAACAUAAACCAAAAACUGAAACUGAACAAACAAUAACAGAAUAUCAACAAGAAAAUAAACAGAAAGAUAACGUAAACGAAAGCAAUUCAGAAGAAACCCACGAUAUUAAAAAUGAUAAUAUGAACCAAGUCGAAAAAAUAUUCCAAGAAAAGACAUCUACACUUUCUAAAAAGAAUAGUGUAAAAAAGGAUCUGGAACUAUUAAACGAAAUAUCUGCAUCUUCCAAGCCAAAUAAAUAUAAAAACACACCAAUUUGGGCUCAAAAAUGGAAACCUACAGUUAAAGCUCUACAAAACAUCGACACAAAUGACUUCAAAAUUGACAACUCCAUUUUAGACAUUAUACCAGAUGAUGAUUUAACAAAGUCAGUUCAGGAUUGGGUUUAUGCAACUUUAUAUUCGAUUGACCCAGAUUUGAGACCGUUUAUUGAGCUGGAAAUGAAAUUUGGAGUUUUAUUAGAAUCAAAAAGCCCAGAUAGAGUUAAUCCACCAGUUUCCUCACAGGCAGUAUAUACUGAUAUGGAUGCUCACCUUACACCAAAUGUAGACGAGACUGUGUUCAAAGAACUCAGUAAAUAUAUCCAAAGUCUCAGUGAAAUCACAGAAAAUGCUGGUAAAUUUAACGUGAUUGAAGCACAAACUAAGGAUGCAGUCUAUAGAGUCGGUACAUCUACCCAAAGACCGAGAUUUUUAAGAAUGAGUUCAGAUGUAAAAACAGGUAGAAUUGGUGCAUUUAUCGAGAAGAGACACAUAUCUCAAUUAUUAAUCUACUCUCCAAAGGAUAGUUAUGAUGUUAAGUUAUCAAUAAACUUAGAACUUCCGGUUCCUGAAAACGAUCCACCAGAGAAGUAUCAACAUCAAACACCUGUUAGUGAAAGAACAAAAGAGAGAGUUAGUUAUAUUCAUAAUGACUCUUGUACAAGGUUCGAUAUCACAAAAGUUCAAAAUCAUAAUAAAGGCAUAAAAUCAAAUGACGUUGAAAUAACACACGAAAUCGAAUUAGAAAUAAACACACCCGCUUUAAUCAAAGCUUUUGACAAUAUAAUGACGGACAGCAAAGAAUACGCUACAUUGAUUAGGACGUUCCUCAAUAAUGGAACUAUUGUUCGCAGAAAACUAUCAUCACUUUCAUAUGAAAUAUUUGAAGGUCAAAAAAAGAUACAAUAA